AUGGCCUCAGAUGAUGACAAUCGCUCACAGAAGCGCAACCAUUCCGAGUUUCGUGACGAUGCGUCCGACAGCUCCUCCGACGAUGAAAUGGGCCCUCAACUGCCCUCACAAGCCCCUAAGAAGAAGCGACGAGUCCUACCCCACGAAAAACUUUACGUCGCGGCUUUGCCCAAGUCGGCCCAUUACUCAAAGUCCCUGAUGCACAAGGAACAGAUCCUCUUUGCGACAUGGACUCCCCUGACCGAAUUCCUCAUCACGUCCUCGAUCGAUGGUGUCGUCAAGUUCUGGAAGAAGAUUGCUCAAGGUAUUGAGUUUGUCAAGGAGUUCAAGGCGCACGAUGGCGAGAUUAAGGCGGUUUCCGUGAGCAAGGACGGGCGGAGCUUCGCGACCGCCGGUGUCGACGAAACAGUCAAGAUUUUUGACGUUAUCACCUUUGACCUACUAUCCAUGAUCUCUCUUAAUUACGCUCCCAAUUGUGUAUGCUGGGUCCAUAGCAAGGGCGCCUCGCUGCCACUCCUGGCUGUAUCCGAGGAAACGAAACCCCUGAUUCAUAUCUACGACGGACGAGGCGAGAAGGAGGAGCCUAUCCACACUCUCAAGGGCUUGCAUAGAAAGCCUGUACAUCUAAUGGCUUUCAACGAGGCAUACGACUGUGUGGUGUCGGCUGACGAGGGUGGCAUGCUCGAAUAUUGGCGACCGAGCGGCAACUACGAAAAGCCAGAAGGAGUUUUUGAGUACAAGAGUUCAACCAACCUUUUUGAUUUCAAAAAGGCCAAGUCGGUGCCCUCAUGCCUCUCCAUAUCUCCCAACGGCAAAAGUUUGGUAGCAUUUUCUUUGCCAGAUAGGAAAAUACGCAUCUUUGACUUUGCAACAGCCAAAUUACAUCGCGAGUAUGACGAAUCUUUGCAGGUUGCUGAAGAGAUGCACCGUUCAGGGGCGGGAGCUGCCAAACUUGACAAUGUUGAGUUUGGACGUAGGACAGCUCACGAGAGAGACAUCGAAUCGCAGACGCUCAAGUACAAGUCCAAUGUCAUCUUCGACGAAUCAGGGAACUUUAUUAUCUACGGCUCCAUGCUGGGAAUCAAGGUCCUCAAUACAUAUACCAACCAAGUGGUCAAGGUGUAUGGCAAGGAUGAGAACUUUCGCGCCGUCAAUAUUGCCAUAUACCAAGGGGCACCACAGAAGAAGGGAGUGACAACAGUGGAAAUGGGUGCUUCCAGUAAUCCUCUUUUACAGGAAGCAGAGACCCGAGAUCCAAUCCUGGUUGCUACUGGUGUUGGUAAGGUGCGGUUUUACAUGUUCUCAAAUGAGGAAGACAUCUCCAAGUCGACACGAGAUGUACAAAACGAAAAACCGAUGGUGCUGGGUAACAAGAAGGACGCACAAGCGAAGAAAACCGAAACGGGCACCGGAGCCGUUAUUCACACUACAUAUGGAGACAUUCACAUCCGCCUAUUCCCUGACGCAGCACCAAAGACCGUUGAGAACUUUGUCACGCAUUCUAAGAAUGGCUACUACAACAACACAAUCUUCCACCGUGUCAUCCGCAAGUUCAUGAUCCAGGGUGGUGAUCCUCUAGGUGAUGGUACUGGAGGUGAGAGCAUCUGGGGCCGCGAAUUUGAAGACGAGUUUAGCAGCCUCAAACACGAUAAGCCAUACACGGUCAGCAUGGCCAAUGCAGGGCCUAACACGAACGCCAGUCAGUUCUUUAUCACAACAGAGAAGACGCCAUGGCUAGAUGGAAAGCACACCAUCUUUGGUCGUGCUACCCAGGGAUUUGACAUCAUCCACAAAAUUGAGAAUGUGCGGACGCACAAGGAGAAACCCGAGGAGGAUAUCAAGGUGCUUAAUAUUGAUAUCAUAUAG